AUUCAGAUUGUGCAAGGAAGCCUCAAAAGCAUAUUUCCAAUGGUGUCAAAAUGCAUCAGCUACCAUCUCCAUCCCAACCCUUCUCUUUCCUGUGUAAUCCCUCAUAAUCCAAAAUCCACUCAUUUUCCAAUCAAAUUAACCGCCAACCACGAGCAAAGUCAUCUCCUUUCCUUCCGUAGAUACCCCAAUUUAACCCCAAUGGCUUCCACUCAGUUCAAUCCUGGGUCAAAAUUCGAUGAGUUCGAACCCGACCCAACACUCACAAAUGAUGAUCUCAAGCCGACGACGAUCCACCGAAGGACGUUUUCCUGGUGGGAAAUGGCCAGUCUUUGGGUCGGACUCGUCGUGGGUGUUCCCUCAUAUUAUCUUGCCGGAAGUCUUGUUGACCUCGGCAUGGCUUGGUGGCAAGGAAUCGCCACCGUCGUUGCCGCUAACUUAAUCCUGCUGCUUCCUUUAGUCCUAACAGGGCACCCCGGUGCGAAAUAUGGAAUCUCCUUUCCGGUCCUGGCGAGGUCAUCAUUCGGAAUUCGCGGUGCCCAUGUCCCUACCCUGCUCCGCGCACUGGUCGGCUGUGGGUGGUACGGAAUUGAGACUUGGAUUGGCGGUGAUGCGAUUUUCCUCCUCCUCCCCAAUCCCAUCAAGGAAUCCUCUAUUUCCCGAAACCUACCGUGGUUAGGCACUUCCCCACUUGAAUUUGCUUGCUUUCUCGUCUUUUGGGUAGUCCAAUUGGCCAUAGUUUGGAAAGGAAUUGAAGGAAUCAAAGAACUCGAAAAGUACUCUGCUCCGAUUCUGAUCAUCCUAACUUCAUCCCUCCUCAUCUGGGCUUAUGUCAAAGCUGGUGGAUUAGGCCACAUGCUCUCUUUAACUUCCAGACUAUCCUGGUCGGAGUUCUGGUCUCUCUUCUUCCCUUCAUUGACGGCCAAUAUAAGCUUCUGGGCUACUCUGGCACUCAACAUUCCUGAUUUCACCCGCUACGCCAAGAGCCAGAAAGAUCAAAUCAUCGGUCAAGCAGGCCUUCCAAUCUUCAUGGGGGCAUUUACCUUUGUUGGCUUGGCGGUAACAUCUUCCACCAAAGUAAUAUUCGGAAAAUUGAUUUCCAAUCCGAUACAACUCCUCGGCCAAAUCGGGGGAUUGGCCACCAGGAUUCUAGCCAUUGUUGGGAUUAGUCUUGCCACCAUCACAACCAACAUAGCCGCCAAUGUGGUUGCCCCGGCGAAUGCUCUUGUCAACCUCAGCCCUUCAAAGUUCACUUUCUGGAGAGGAGCUCUGCUCACUGCCUUGCUUGGCAUUGCAUUCCAGCCAUGGAGGCUGCUGAAAUCCAGUGAGACUUUUGUGUACACUUGGCUAAUAGGGUACUCUGCAUUGUUGGGUCCAAUUGGGGGCAUUGUUUUGGCAGAUUAUUAUUUGGUUCGGAGAAUGAACUUAAGCGUCAAGGACUUGUAUUCUUUGAGUCCCUCUGGAGCUUACUACUACACAGGAGGGUACAAUUUGGCCGCCAUGGUAGCUCUGGUGAUCGGAAUUUUCCCGGUUAUCCCAGGGUUCUUGCAGAAUGUUGGAAUAGUGUCUUCGGUUUCGGAUGCAUUUGUUGUCAUUUACAAGAAUGCUUGGUUCUUCAGCUUCUUCUCUGCAGGUGUUCUGUACUGGGUUAUGUCAAGUUUGAUGGGCAAACAGAGCAAAAUACUUCCCUCAGAUCCCCUUUUGCCCAAUGCAGACUAAAGUUUUUUUUUUUUUGGUCUCUCUGUCUCUCUCUCUACCAUGGUUGUAAAUCGUUUGUGAAGAACACCCAACCGCCAAGGAGAUUAUACACUCUGGAUAACAGAGAUCUCAAAAUCACAAGCAAUCAAAUUGAUAGUAAUAU